UCCGUGGCGCCAGCGCUUACACACACACACACACACACACUCACUCCGAGAGGGGGAGAGAGAGAGGGAGCGGGCGAGCGAGCAGACCGCAGCAGCCGAGCUGUGCAGACCAGACGAAACGCAGGCGAGCAGAGACCCAGAGGCCGCUGGUGGUGCGGAGCCUGCGGACAGACCGAGGGGUUCUUAUCUUGGACUUUGAAGAGCGACCGAAGGACUUCCACAGAUCGGAGAGAUCGGGAGGAUACCUCCUGGCUCAGAUUGACUUGGAAAGGUCUUACUUUUUUCUUCUGAGAUUGUUAGCGGUGCUCCUAGAGCAACGCUAAGCUUCACCCAAGCUUAAAAACGGAAGUCGUCAGGCUGGAGUGCGUCCUGAUGGCUGAGUCAGAGACUGAGUGUGACACGCCAGGCCUCGACACACUGGGGUCUGAGUGUGUCAUAGCGCACACGCAAGUUGGGGACUUGCACUAUGCGGCAGAGACUGAAAUCAUGACCCAAGAGGACAAGAGGCUUGACCUAGAGGCCAUUCAUGGAGACCUGGGGGCUGUGACCUGUGUGGAUGCAGUAACGGAGACGGACCAUGACUACACAAAAUCUGAGGGGCAUCAUGAGCCGCAUUACUUCACGAGUGCUGACAUAAAAGGCAAUGAGGCCUUGCUUGGUGAAGUCCUGUUGAAAGCAGAGAUGGGUGGAGCUGCUGAGCAUGUGGUAAAGGUUGAGUCGGACCAUGCAGGAGAGCUAACGGUGGAAUCAGAGAAUGGUGUCAUAAUUCACGAAGCCCAUGGUCUGCAGUGCAACGAGUGCGGCGAGAUAUUCGGCAGCAUGACUGACCUGCACCAACACUUUGAAAUUCAUAAAGGCACGCAGCCGUACAUUUGUGUGCACUGUGGCGAGAGCUUUGCUGUUGAAGCUAGUCUGAGAGGGCAUAUGAAGAUUCAUAUGAAGGAGAAGAGCUAUGUCCCCACUGGUGUGGAUUUGGUUGGCAAAGGAGUCAUUGAUGCAUUCAACCUGAAACCCCACCAGAUGAUGCACUCCCCAGAAAAGCCACACAGAUGUUCUGAAUGUGGUAAGAGCUUUGCUGCAGCUAUCACACUCAGAGAGCAUAUGAAAAUGCAUUCUGAUGACAAACCCUACAAGUGCACCCAGUGCAGGAAGAGCUUUGUUCGCAGACGCCAUCUAAAGAAACAUCAGGAGCUGCAUGCUCGCGAAAAGCCUUUUAACUGUCCCCAGUGCGGUAAAGGCUUUGCUACUUCUUCUAAUUUGAAACAGCACCAGAAGACCCAUGCUGGUGACAAGCCACAUCGAUGUGCACAGUGUGGCAAAUGUUUUGCAGCUGCAGCCACUCUGAGAGAACAUCAGCGAAUUCAUUCUGGUGAGAAACCCUACAAAUGUAAUCAGUGCAGGAAAAGCUUUGUGAGGAAACGCCACCUGAAGAAGCACCAGCUGGUCCACCAGGGUGGCAAGCCCUACCGAUGCAGUCAGUGUGACAAAGGUUUUAACCACUCUUCUUCCCUGUCAAGGCAUCACAAGGUUCAUCUAGAAGCUAAGAUGUAUCCCCAGCCUGACAAGGAAUUCCCCUUUGAUACCCCUAUGAAGAGUAGUCUGCCCACUGGUGAAAAGCCAUACAGCUGCAACCACUGUGAGAAGAGCUUCAAUCACUCAUCAUCGCUAUCUAGGCACCAGAGAACUCAUUCUGACGGGAAAACGUACACCUGUGGUCACUGUGGCAAGAGGUUUAAUCAUUCCUCCUCUCUUGCAAGGCACCAGCGUGUUCAUUUGGAUGAGAAGUCCUCCUAUAGUGCUAUUCCAUCAGGAAAGGGAUUCCCGCAUACUACCAUCUUGAAGCAGAGAAUUCUGCAGAGUGAGAAGCCGUACCGAUGUUCGCAGUGUGGAAAGGGUUUCAAUCAUUCUUCCUCCUUGUCUAGGCAUCAUAGAAGUCAUAUUGAUCAGUGAGCUUGCCACUAAGGUUUUGAAAGAAUUUUUGCAAUCUCUCUCAACUUGGUUUCAAGCCAACCUUAAACAUCUUUUUUGUUAGUUUGUCCACAGAGAAUAUGAUGUAAGGAAAAUCUCAACUUUAUUGUGAGCUUUUAGGAGGAUCUCGAUGCUCUUGAAAGUAAGCUUUUGGCUAAGUACUUUACCUUCACCUUUUAAGAGCGAUGAAUUUCAAUAAGUGGCGAGACUGGCGUUGAGCUAAUACUGAUCUGCCUAAUGUGCAUAUAGAGCUUGCUGUUUUUAAUUUGACUCCUGUAAGAUAAUGUAGACAAACGUAGCGAUUUCAUGCUUAGUGACUUGGGCCAGUUAUGCUCCUAGGAUGUACCUUAGCUCAAGCCUGGUUUGGGAUUUAGGCAUAAUUGGUGACCAAGUAAAGCAGAUUUUGACUUAACUAGUCACUCCCCUGUCCUUGUAUCUUUACCCAUCCCAUCUUAAUGGGCUGUUCAGAAGCUGAUAUCAUUUGUAAAUAAUUGUUUUUUUGUUUUUUAUAUAUAUACAUGUGUAUAGGUGAUUAGUGUGCAGUUCUAUGUAUUGCGCUCCCACCCUAUUUUGUUUUUCCCCUUUGUUUCUGAUGUUCUGAUGAUUCAGUCAGUCUUAACCAUCUAAGAGAUAAUGAAGAGGGGAUGAAUGGUGCUUGAGAGGGUUUCUCUAGCUCCAAAGAAGCAGAGUGCAGAAUUGGUAAAAUCUGUUCCAACGUUCAGCAAAGUCACAUAGACUGGGUGUGUAAGAGAAUGAAUCCAAGGGGAGCAAGUUAUUUGUCACAUACCCUCAGUGAUGUGCUUGUGGCCACGCCCUUACCUGUUGUUCACUUUGAUGUGAUGCAUUAUCCAGCUUGGUUGUAAAAUGAGCGGCAAGGAGCUUUGUAGGCCUGCAAAGACUGUUAAAUGAACAGUUUUUUUUUCUAGUCCUCCCUAACCAUUUUUGUUUGACUUGUGAACUGAUAUGAUCACACCUUGAUUUGGCAGAUUAAGAAUCACUGUAAACUGCAAAUUUUGUCUAAUUCAAGCUAGCGGUCCCUUUCAAAUGUUGCUUUACUGGUUUUCUUUGGUACUCAGUCAUUUGUUUCUAAUGGGUAAAUUGUGCAUACUUGCGUACAAACGUAUUCCUUGCCAUUGCUGUAGAACUAUUCAGUCAUCCAUAAAUAUAUAUAUAUAUAUAUCCUGUAGUUAACUUAUAUUCUGGACACAUGCAGCAAAUUAUCAAAAUUUAGUGUAAUAGAUUGUGUAUACUUAUCAUUACAAAUAAAAAAAAAUAUAGCUUGCUCUGAUUCAGUUUUUUCAAAAUUCCAUAAUUAUGCGCUUUCUACUUGCAGUUCUGUGUAUGGAAAAAAAAUCUUUUACAAACUGAUGUAUUUUUUUAAUAUGGUUUGGGUAAUCUGAAAGGGAAAUGAAAGGAAUACUGUUUUUAUGGGAGUGAAUGUUAUAUUGACCUUUUGCUUUUUUUCCAUUUGAAUAACAAUUGUGCUUCAACUCAUAGCAUAGGCUUAUUCAUUGUGUUAGAUAGGUGCCUUAUUGCAUGCUGUGUAGAAAUGUAUGUUGAGCUGUAAUAGAAAAAAAAAAAGAUUUUUUGGCUCUUCCUCCCUUUGUUCCUUUACAUACUAACCAACAUAUUUUACUUUGACUUUGGGUAAUUUGUUUUGCUUCUAUGUAUAUGAAUAUCUGUUUACACUGUUACUGCUGUCUUUUAAUUUCCCUGUCAGCUGGCCUCAUUGUAGAGUAACUAGAGGUUAAAAUGAGAAGUUACAAUGCCAUUGAUUUCAUAUUUUGAUCUCCCUCUUUUAAAUGGUCAGAUCUUGUUCCAUGUCUCUUCCCCAUCUAUGAGUGGCACACAUGGAUAAAUAAAGGUUCUUGACUAUCUGUU